GGGAGAAGUACAGUUAUAAGAUGAAAUGCAAAAUUUAUACUUUAAAUUGCAAAAGAUCAGUUGUCGUUUGGGCAUUCAGUAAGAAAACAUCGCAAGAAGACGUUCUAAGUAAAAAAUGGACAAGAAAAUUAGUGUUUUUUUAAUUGUUGUUUGCUGUUUGGCUUGUGAUGCUACAACAAUAUUCAACAACGCAAUCGAUUCUUCGUUUUCAUCGAGUCUAAAUUCACCUUUCGGUGCCUCAAAUUCACCUCUUUUUGGUGCCUCAAAUUCUCCUUUUGGAGCCUCAAAUCCAUCUUUUGGUGCCUCACCUUGGACUAAUAGAAUAGGGCUGAGACAACAACAACAAAAUCCAACUUUCGGCUCGUUCGGACCAUUUAGCAGCCCUUUGAAACGCCGAUGCCCCCUUUGCGAUUCAUCCGUUUACGAUUAUUGCAGCGAGAAAUUGUUUCACGAUUCUUGUUGCUGCAAUAAUCCUAAUAAUCCUUAUGAUCAAUUGCCAUAUCAAUGUCAGUACGCAGAUUGUGGAUUUUUGCAUGCAAACUCCUGUAGGGAACACAAAUUGAUUACUGCGUGUUGUUGCACUAAUUACCUUUUGUACAAGAAAUAGUAUUUAGAUUUAAUUAUUUAUUUAUUUAUAACUUUGUAUUAAGAUUUUUAGUACCUAAUAAAUUAUAAGAGAGUUUCACAAACUGACUAUAAUAAUUGUACUAAACAUCAUAAGUAAUUACUAUUUGCCUCAUCUGUAGUAACCUCUCCACAAAGAUUCAAUUUCAGCAUCUACAAAACAAAUUGUUACUCCAGCUCAAACCCAAUAAAAAUAAUUGUUACUUUGACUCUAGAUUCAUAAGUUCCUGGUUGUCCUAAAACAAAAAUGAGCUUCGUUAAGGCUGCUUCAGAAGUCAUAUCGCAACCAGAAAUGAUACCAAUUUCUUCCAGUUUCUAAAAAUAUUCAAACUUUGGAGUACUUAGUUGAAAUUUUUGGAUCAGGAAUUUACUUUUCCUGCUUCGUAGUCUGCACAAACAGCCCCUUUGGAACAUUGGCUCACGUUUACAAUUAUAACGCCUCUAUUUACUGCUUCCUGUAGUAUUUUUAUGUUGUUUGAAGGUAUGUUGCCUGCACCGUAAGUUUGCAGUACUAGGCCUUCUGUAGGAGGUUUUAGGAAUGAUUCUAG